UGUGAGUUUCACUUUCGCUGUCUGGUAAUUGUACCAUGAUUCCGACAGCAGCCGAGCUACCGAAUGCGUUACGAAACGAAUCCGAGCACCUGUACAUCCUGCUGAGUGAUGUAAAAAGGUUACUAAGCUGCAAGGUAAACAAUAUGACGGACGGCAGCUGCAAAACUCGGCAGUAAAUAUACGUAAAAUAAAAUUAAAAAGAAACACAUUUUAACAAGUUUUAACGCUUCAAAAUGUGGAGACGGUAUGAAAGAGAUAUCAAAGCCCUUCCCGCCGUUGAAAGGUUCAACACGGACAAGCAAGUGCCGCAAUCUCUUCCAGCGAUUGCAAACAUCGCCUAUCAUGAGAACGCGCGCGCACAGGACUUGGAAAGUCGGGUGAAACUUAGCGAACAAUCGAACCGCAUCCUACUUGAGGAGCUAAUGAAACUCCAGCAAGACCUGAAACUCGCUUUGAGGCAAAACGAGGAGAUGGUGAAUAAGGAAAGACAAGAAAGACUCGUCAUACGAGACAAGGUUGAAGCCGCCGAAAACAUGUAUAAUAGAGUCUCCAUGCAACUUUUAAGAACGGAGGAGAAGGUUAACAUGGAACAUACAACGCUCGCGAAUCUGUUGAAUCAAUCCAAGGAGGUAGAGCGUGCUCUUGCAGGCGGGCAACAGCGUUCGUUGAUGAAAGGAGAACAGAUUGAUCGAUAUAUUAGUAGGUUUCGGGACGAACUCUCGGAGUUGAGGCAGUCGAAUGAACAGGUGCAGAGCUCUCUGAGGCUGGUCGGAGAGGACGUGAAGAACUUACAGCAUAGAUUUGAAAUGCAGAGCUCUGAGUUUGACAGCGUUAACCAGGAGAUGAAACAGAAAGUGAAGAGAAUUGAGACGGAAAGUAUGGCAGCGGUUGAAAAUCUGCAAAGAAAUAAGACGACUCGAGAUAGUUAUGAUGGAUCUACGUCGCAGUUGAAGCAAAAUAUCGAAUCAAGGUUGUCAGAGAUACGAGAGGUGGUUAACGAGGUAAAAAGGAAAACUGACAUGGAAGCCUCAGAGAGAAGGGCUGCUGAUCAACAGACGGAAUUAAACGUGGAGAAAGUUCAGGUAGCGGUCCGUGAGUUGGAGACAAAAUGUCAAGAGGUCAGUCAUGCGGCAAGUUUGAACAUGAGAGAGAAGGACAACGAUCGCGAGAUGGAGAAGAGUAAAUUGACUUAUAAAAUGGCUGAACUCACCGAGGAAACCAAUCAAAAGGCACUGCAAAGGGAAAUGCAGCUACGAGAAGAGGCUCAGAUGAAAUUCACGAUUCUCGACAAGAGAUUCCGCGAGGAACAGUCAGCUAGACACGCUUUUGAGAAGUCUGUUCGACACGAGAUGGAAAAAAUCCUGGAUGCUUUGAAAAUGCACAUGUCUGAAGAGAUUCAAAACAUGAGACAAAGUACUAAGAGUGAGGGUAGCGAGUCCCCACGUUCCCCUCUCCACGUCUCACGUCCCUCGAGCAGACGUCAUUCCCAGGUUAGCCACUCUCGACCUGGUUCGCCUCGAGUAUCCCCGCGGUUCGUGUCCCAAACUUCGCCUCGAGAAGAUGCAGUCCAGUAUAAUAUGGACCCUGUCCGCACAGAGAUGACAAAAGCCCGUGACGACCAAACUCUGGUGAAAAUGAACGAAUGCAUAGCGUUAUUGGAAAGCGAGGUCGAGGCUGGAAAGAAGGCGUUUGAGGAGGUUCUACACGCUGAGAUUGUCGCGAGACAAACGCAGAACGAACAGACACUGGACAAAUGCAAUGAACUUCACGAGAAACUAAGUGUUGCCGUGACAACACUACAGAAAGCCAUCUCUAGUGUGACGUCGCAUACAGAGGAAGCAGUUGAACAGGCGAAGCACGAAAUCUUUGCGGUGUUGGACAACUCAACAAGCACUGGCGUUAGGGGUCUUGCUGACAUUGAUAUCCGGCUAACAAAUCUCAAUAAACACGUCGCUGAUCUUGAAGAAGCUAUAGACAGUCGUCCCCCUCCCCCAUCCUCUCCCCCUCCUAAUUUUGGACACGAGGUCCCCGCCAGCAACAACGAUGAUUACGAAAGAUUGAACAAACGCGUUGAUCGCGCGUACAAAUGGCAGGAAGGGGCCGAGAGAACGUUGAGGGAUCUGAGCACUAAAUUACAACCGGUCAAUGGCGAGAUAUCCAAAUUAAAAAAUGCCAUUGAAGAUCUCGAAAAUGAACUAGAAGAUAGGAGAAUGGCACGCCUUGCGAGUCUGGCCGAGGAAAACACAUCUGAACCAACAGCACCUGAUGAAACAACAACAGCAGCACACGAUCCGAAACUUGAGAAGAAAGUUAAAAAGGCUGAAGACGAUGUUGAAAAGGUAACAUUGCAAAUGGAGAAACUCGAGAACACUGUAAACACGUUAAGAACUGUGCUUUCACAGAAAAUAUCGACUGAAGCUGAAACCGUAAAACAACUGCGAGAGAUAUUUAGUGGAGACAUUGAAAAAAUUGUAAAUUAUUUCAUGAGAGAACAACGUCGUGUGUUUGUUAAACAUCGUCCAAGCGAUGCCCGGGUGUACAGAUCUGAUCUAACAAAGGACGGUGAACAGGAAGCUCACUCAAUGCAUCUGGCUUUGCUAAAAAUCAACAGAUGGGGAAUAUAUGAGGCUUACAGAAUGCUCAAAUACAAACAGGCAUGGUUUGAUAUUGUCGCGAAUAAGAGCAAGACGCCUGUCACUGAUGACGACCGUGAAAAGGAGGAGAACGAUAAGAAAGAUGAAGAUGAUGACGACAGCACGGAAGAUAAGGAAAGUGAGAAAGAUGAAAGUGGAAAAGAGGACGACGACGAGGAUAAGAGUGAUGAAGAGAAGGAGAGUGAUGACGACGACAGCGAGGACGAGGAAUCCGAGGAUGAAGACUCCGAGGAUGAAAAAUCCGAGGAUGAGAAAUCCGAGGAUGAGAAAUCCGAUGAUGACAGUGAUGAUGAUGAUAAGAAAGACGAUACAGCCAGUGAGAAGGGAAGCGACGAUUCAGAAAACGAGGACAGGCCAAAAACAGGUGCAUCAGAUGAAUCCGCUCCUAGUGGUAAAAAGAAAUAAAUAUCAACAACGGAAGAGCGGCAACAUGAAUGCUUUCUCUCUUACGACCGUAGCAAAGUACCUCAAUCAUGGUUAUGGGCGUGGUAAUCAUCUUAUGUCUCAGUACCAACGUAUACUUCUUCAUGCUUCUAGCGAGUUACCAUGCAUUGACACAAUAUCACCACCACACUAUACCAACUCCAGUGGAGUUGUCCUCAUAAUGCCUUUACUGGUGUUUCCAGUGAAGUGAACGAAUAAACAGUCUGCAUUUUGUCACUUUUUUAUUCCCCAAAAAGCUCAUAUACAAAAAUAUCAAUGUAUUUAUUCCAUCACAUGCUAGUAGUUGAGUUAGUCACAGAAUCUACCGUACUAGAAGUUAACCGAGAGUUUCACCGCACAGACAUAUCGUAAAUCGUUGAGCAGU